AUGGCGAAUCUUGUAGCCAAAUACGCCAUGAAAAAGGCGCUCGGCAAGGAGAUGGAAAAGUACCGGGGAAAGAGCGCAUCCGGCCCAUACGAUCCCUUUUACGAGGAAAUUCCACACCCAAGGAAGCCUGGCAAAACAAAAAAGGUCAAAAAGGAAAUCCCAAGCUACAUCCCUCCACAUGACGCAGAUGUCCUUGCCAAAGCCCGCAAAUCCGCCUACAGACUCGACUACGCUCUCUUUUCCUUUAUGGGCAUUCGGUUCGGCUGGUCUUCGGUGAUCGGCCUAUUCCCUGCUGCUGGCGACGCUAUGUCUGCCGCUCUGACCCUCAACCUCGUUCGCCAGAUGAUGAAGGUUGAAUGCGGUCUGCCUGCUACGGUCGUCCUUCUGAUGGUGGUCAAUACCGCCAUUGACUUUCUCGCCGGUCUCGUUCCACUUCUUGGUGAUCUUGCUGGUGCCGCCAUCAAAGCCAAUGGUAAAAACGUCCGCCUCCUCGAGCAACAUCUUGACAAGGUGUACAAGCCUAAGGAGUUGAUCGAACGCGAAGCCAAAAUGCCUCGGGAAUCACGACCGCGUCCUGCUUCAGUCUAUAUUGAUUUUGACGACGAAAUCGAAGACCGACGCAACGCCUUCAACGAUGAGCAUGAUGAUGUGCGCCGACCACAGAAAUCGUACCGUGGCCAGCGCAUCUCAGAUGAGGAAAUGGGUUACCGACAGGACACUCAACGUUCCUACAGAGACGACCGACGCAGAGACGACAGGCCCAGUCGCAACAACACCAGGGGCAGCAGGCGUUAA